AUGCAAAAUAAUCUGGAUGAACUCAAGUCGCGAAUCUCCAGUGUCCAGAAUUUGGAGAAUGUUUCGCUUGCCUCACAGCCGAACAAUAGCAAUUUAAUACCCGCAGUAGUGUCUCCUCCAGGCUUUGACAUCCAAUACUUUGGACCCACAAGUACUCAGUAUAGUGCCAACAAGGCUGCGCAACGAGUCAGUCAAAACCAGGCAUUGACACCCACUACCGACACCGAAGGAGACGCGGUUGAAGCCAGGUCGGGGCUCGAUGGAAAAGAAAAGAAUCAUGCCUCGUGCUUCCCAAAAGCCCCACACACUCAACACCUGCAAAAGGCCGAGGCAAUUCGGCUAGUACAUGUUUAUCAACAUGAAAUAGGCCAAAUUUACCCGCUCAUUGACCGAAACAGGCUUCUCAGAUAUGUGGAAGAGUCUUAUCUCAACAAUUCAACCAGGUUGAGUACGACUGACAUGAAUGGAGCGGCGGCAGUCACUUGCGUAGCUCUUGCUAUAGCAUUGUCCAUUGAGCGCCCCGAGGAUUCUCUAAGGGAGACCCUCUUUUCCUAUGUGCUGGUGCUAGUGCGAUCCAAUUCGUUCUUCGCGGGCUGCAAUGUGACGGACAUCAUCACGGUCAUACUCACAGUCAGUUAG